AUGAGUUUAGCCUGGAUCAACCGACCUGUCUUUGUGCUGGCGGGGAUCGCACUCGUUUUCAACAUGGGCAUGUUUCUGAAACAGCGGACUGGGCCCGAGCGGGCUGCGAACCAGCGGACCAAUAGUCUGUCUGAGCUGGAGGCGCGACUGGGUAACGUGUACAAAAUGCUGGAAGAUUUGGGACUAAAGCAGGAGGCCAUGCAUAAAAUGCUUGAAAACAGAGGCAGAUCCAGAAAAGCUGUGGAGGCCAAACGGCAGCUGCAACACCAGAAGCAGCCUGAGCAGAGUGAGCAUCCUGAGCAGAAGGAUCAUCCAGAGCAGAAGGAGCAUCCAGUGCAGCCAGAGCAGCCUGAGCAAAAGAUCCCAAAUGCCUCCAGAGCGGUGAAGUCCCCCCAACUGUUUCCUGACUCUCCCCUGUUCAAGCAGUGGGGGCAGAAUCUGUCUGAGGUCGAGCAGCGAGAGGCCGAGGCUCUGUUUCAGAAGUACGGAUACAACGCUUUCCUCAGCGAUCGCCCUCCUCUGGACCGAGUUCUUUCAGAUACUCUGGAUCCGAGGUGUCUGACAAAGACUUAUGCCAAAGACCUGCCGAGUCUGGGAGUGGUGCUGAUCUACCUGAAUGAAGCUCGGUCUGUGAUCAAGCGGGCGCUGCGCAGCAUCAUCGACCUCACCCCCAAGAGCAUCCUGAAGGAGAUGAUACUGGUGGACGACGGCAGCUCUCAUGAGGACCUGAAGGGCGACCUUGACGCGUACGUGGAGUCACUGAAGAGAGGGAACCCAACUCUAAACGUCACUCGAGUGAGGCACCGCAAGCAGCGAGGGCUCGCCUCCGCCAGAGUGGCUGGGUGGAGAGCUGCCACUGCUGAGGUGGUGGCCAUCCCAGACGAGCACCCAAAUCAUGUUACGCCCCUGGUCCAGGGGAAAACAGAGACAUAA